ACUAAUGUAAUAAGAAAAUGCUGAAAUCUCUCACUGAACCACACAGCCAGUUUCUGCAGCCAUAAUAUGAACCACACAGCCAGUUUCUGCAGUUGCUAGAUUCCAACUAGUAGUUUCGUUCAAAGGGAGAAAAUGAGAUCCAAUUAAAUCGUCUAAUAUUAACGUUGUCUUAAUGGUUUUUAUCAAACCUAUAAACCAUUUUAUAGUCUCAAACAAGUCACAGUCAAUAUCAGAAUGAACACAGGUAAACUUAUGGCCACAGUCACCUUUAAGCUAUCUUUAUGGUCUCAAACAUGUCGCAGCCAAUAUAUCCAGUAUAAUAAUUAGGGUAACUGGAUAUAUUAUUUGAUGUUGAACAUAGGUAAACUUCUCUGCACAGAAGUCUUCAUUUUUUGUCUUUGAACAGAAGUCUACUAACAUAAAAAUUUACGAAAAAAACAAAAUAAAUUUAGAGACAAAUCAAAACGAAAAGCAAAAGUGAUCACUUUCAAAGCGGAAUAGUAGACAGAAGAGUCUAAGAGCACAACUCCAAAUAAUCUUCUAGCUAGAGAUAUGAAUUAAAAGGCUAUAUUCACUUAGUCUUAGUUGUUUUUAUCAAACAUAUAAACCUAUAGUAUCAAACAACUUACAAUCAGUAUCAUAGUUAAAAGAUGUUAAUAAUACUAAAUAGAAACAGAGAAUCUCAAAAUAUUGUGACAAAAAAAAAAGAGAAUCUCAAAAUAAUAAAACAAUAACACUCUCGAGCUAAUACUGAAAUAUAAGUAAUCAGUGUAAUUGGAUAUAUUAUUUCAUGUUGAACACAGGUCAACUUAUGUGAACAAAAGUUUUAAGUUUUGUCCUCUUUGAAGAGAAGUCUUGAAAACCUUAAAUUUACGGGAAAAGUGAAAACAAUUUGGAGAACAAUCAAAAUGUGUGUGUGGAAACCAAUCUAACAUACAAACAAAAUAUACUCAAAAAGAAAUUGGAUUUUAUACAACUACACGAUAUAAUAUUCUGGAGUUAUAUAUUAAAAGCCGCUUAGAUAUGCAGAUGGGUAAAUUUAACUUAGUAGUUUUCCAAAUCUAUCUUACCACUCGACCGGUUAACCAUACUAGUUAGUGUAACUGGAUAUAUUGUUAUUUCAUGUUAAACAUAGUUUAAAUCAUGUCAACAAAUUAAAAGUCUUUAUUUUUUGUCACUGAUGAACAGAAGUCUACGAAGAUUAAAAUUUAACGAAAAACAAAAACAAAUUUUAGAGACAAAUCAAAAAAGAAAACAAAAGUGAUCACUUUCAAAGCAGAAUAUAUAGUAGACACAAGAGUGUAAUAGUAAUAUCUCCUCACUCUCUUUUUCGACGUUAUAUAAACUCUCUUGCAUCUUCCAGUUUUCCACACAAUUCACAAAACAUGUCUCCUUCGUUUCUCUCCUCCACUACUUUCUUCUUUACCAUUAUACUCUAUUUGGGUCUCUUCCAUGUCUCUAAUGGAGCUCAACAAGGAACAUACAUCGUUCACAUGGCAAAAUCUCAGAUGCCCUUGAGCUUCGACCACCACUCUCUCUGGUACGAUUCCUCACUCCGGUCCGUCUCUGAAUCAGCUGAAAUGCUCUACACUUACAACAACGCGAUUCAUGGAUUCGCCACUCGGCUUACUCCCGAAGAAGCCGACUCCCUCAUGACCCAACCUGGUGUCAUCUUGGUUCAACCAGAGCAGCGGUACCAGUUACACACAACUCGGACUCCACUGUUCCUUGGACUCGACGGACACAACGCAGGCCUAUUUCCUGAAACCGCUACAUCAAGCGACAUCGUCAUCGGGGUUCUCGACACAGGUGUUUGGCCAGAGAGCAAAAGCUUCUCCGACGAAGGAUACGGUCCAAUUCCGUCUACAUGGAAAGGCGGAUGCGACUCUGGGACUAACUUCACAUCGCUCUGUAACCGCAAACUAGUCGGAGCUAGGUUCUUCGUUCAGGGUUACGAAGCAGAGUAUGGAGUAGUCAACGAAGAGUCGAGAUCGCCCAUAGACGACGAGGGUCACGGAACACACACGGCGUCAACCGCGGCUGGAUCAGUCGUGGAAGGAGCUAAUCUUCUAGGCUUCGCUAAUGGGACGGCUCGUGGGAUGGCUCCUCGGGCUAGAGUGGCUGUUUACAAAGUUUGCUGGAAAAUUGAAUGCGUGAGCUCAGACAUUUUAGCUGGAAUGGAUAAAGCCAUCGAAGAUAAUGUCAACGUUCUGUCGUUAUCUAUCGGUGGUAUAUCAACAAGUUAUAAAGACGAGAUUGCCAUUGGAGCAUUCGCAGCCAUGGAAAGAGGGAUCUUUGUUUCCUGCUCUGCUGGUAAUGAUGGCCCCUACCCUUACACUUUAUCGAACCUAGCUCCAUGGAUUACUACUGUUGGUGCUGGUACCAUAGAUCGUGAUUUUCCGGCACUAGUAACUCUUGGCAACGGGAAGAGUUACACUGGAGCUUCCUUGUUUGAAAAAGAUGCUCUUCCGCCUAAAAUGUUGCCGUUUAUUUACGCCGGGAAUGCUAGCAACAAUGCUACUUAUGACAUUUUUUGUUUUCCCGGAACAUUAAUUCCCGAGAAGGUAAAAGGAAAGAUCGUGAUGUGCGAGAGAGGAGGGAUCCGAGCUGCGAAAGGAGAGGUGGUGAAAGCUGCUGGUGGAAUCGGAAUGAUUCUUGCGAAUCCCCCUAGUAGAGGAGAAGAGCUUGCGGUGGAUGCUCAUGUGUUACCGACGACCAAUGUGGGACAUAAAGCUGGUGAGAUUAUCCGGAGUUACGUCAUGACGGAUCCGAAUCCCACCGCUUCGAUUGUGAUCCAAGGAACGGUCGUCAACGUCAAGCCCUCUCCUGUGCUUGCAGCUUUUAGCUCACGAGGCCCUAAUCACAUAACGCCAAACAUUCUCAAACCGGAUUUGAUCGCUCCGGGAGUCAAUAUCCUCGCCGCGUGGACGGGAGCUGUGGGACCUUCCGGACUCGCUUCCGAUACUAGCCGCGCAGAGUUCAACAUCAUCUCGGGAACGUCCAUGUCUUGCCCUCACGUCAGCGGCUUAGCGGCUCUUCUCAAGUCUGUGCAUCCAGAUUGGAGCCCAGCGGCGAUUCGUUCGGCUCUCAUGACCACCGCUUACAAUACCUACAAAGACGGAACCCCGAUCCUCGACGUCUUGACGUUGAAACCUUCAACACCGUUUGGGCACGGUGCAGGACACGUGUCACCUGCGACUGCCGUCAGUCCAGGACUCAUCUACGAUCUAACGACGGUGGACUAUAUAGGUUUCCUCUGCGCAAUGAAUUACAAUUCGUCGCUGAUCAAAAUCAUAUCGAGAGGCAAUUACGCUUGCGAUGCAAGCAAAACGUACACCGUCGCUGAUCUAAACUAUCCGUCCUUCGCCGUCAACGUCAACGGAUCUGACACGUACAAGUACACACGCACGGUCACAAACGUUGGAGGAGCUGGGUCAUACUCGGUUAAAGUAACGUCGGAGACAACUGCAGUUAAGAUUUCGGUUGAACCGGCUGUUUUGAAUUUCGAAGAAGUGAACGAGAAGAAAUCGUAUGCGGUGACGUUUACCGUUGACUCGUCUAAACCGUCGGGGUCUAACAGCUUUGGCAGCAUCGAGUGGUCAGAUGGGAAAAACAUGGUGGCCAGUCCGGUGGCAAUUAGCUGGACAUAGUAGACAAAUUAUGACUAACUUGAGAAAGAAGAAAGGCGCGCAGAUAUAUUGUAAUGCCGUUUUCAUAAGAGCUCUGUUUAGCAAAACGACAUGCAGUCAAAUUAUCACGAGACUUGAAUAAUGAAAGUAAAAAACGUUCCAUGAUUA